AUGAGCACGGCGGGCCGGACGUCGGGGGCGCGGAUAAAGACAAAACACAUAGUGCGGCGGUCGCCCAGCCAAACAGCGCUGCGUGGGUGCGUGCCGACGCGGAGGCCGAUAUCGUGGCUGUUCCGGCGCAAGGCGACAAAGGGCGCUCCCGCCGUAGCACAGACAGAGCGCGAGUCGGGGGCCGUGAGCGAGGACGACGGAAACGAGCGGGUGCGGCGGUCGCCACGGCCUAGCGAUAUGCGGCCUGGGAUACAGCAUGCGUCGGUUACCGUGGAGUCGGGGCAGGGCGGGCUCCGGGCACACCAUUUGCGGCUGAAGACGCCCGAUUACAGCGAGUUUACGCCAGAAAUGAUAUUGCGGGCGCAGAGCAGCAGCGGGGCUGUCGGCCGGAGCACUAUUGUGUCGCUGGGAUCACCUGCCGUAAAUAGGGUCACAAUAUCGACCACUGACACAGAGCUGCCCACUAUUGGUGAGGCGCAGUCUGGGGUCGGCGCCGCAGUAGGGGCGGCGCAGGAGGGCUCGCCAAAAUUGGCCUCUGUACAUGUGCUUACGCGACAGUCGUCAUCUGCAGAAAGGAGAAGCCUACAUGCAGACGGCGGCGGCGAUGAGCUGGACCACGUGCAUGGCAGUAUGCACGACAUGCGCCUGGAUGAACACGAUGAGGAGGGGUACGAGGAGGUGGAUAUUAAUACGCCGUCUGCAGGGUACUUGCUGGCGAUGCGUGGCGAUGACGGAAGCAGCGACUGGAACUCUGACUUCAGCUCGCCGUCAUCGCGCCACCGGUCUGACGACCAGCCCACCACCGAGACAAUGACGAUCGACCCUUCCGGCUCUGCCCGUCUGCAGGAUCGGGCCCGCGGGCGUGGCGUGCUGGAGGUUCAGCAGAAAAUCCGCGAGCAGGAGCGGUGCCUACGGAAAAUCAACGAGCUGCGGGACAUGUUUCUGGAGAUCCGGCCCGCAAUCAUGCGCCUGCUGGCGCUGGAGCUGCCCGACCGCGGGUUGCAAAUUGGCACCCUGGCGUUCGCCAGCACGACGCGUGACACGAUGGGAUCGAGCGAGAUUUCGGUGGAGGAGGAGGAGCUGUGGGAGCUGUGGCGUGAGAUGGAGGCGCUGCUGGCGCUGAUGGACAACGAGAACGGGAUGCGGCCGCAGGUGGUGGAGAGCCGGAUCUCGCUGAGCAAGAAGCGGUCGAUCAUGAUGGCGUUCUGCGACUGGGAGCAGUACUCGCAGUACGUGCAAGACGCGUGGACGCGCGCGGUGGAGGGCAUCGCGCAGCCGAACAUUGCGCAUAUUAGCCGCAACAGCAGCACGAGCACAGGGCUGAAUCCCAGCAAGCGCAGCAGCGCGUCCAGCGUGGCCAACAACAUCAGCUCGGCCAGCAGCAGCUGGACUGCGAGCCGCGGGAUGACCACUGGGUCGAGCGCCAGCGCGCGGCGGUGGGCGCAGCAGCGGCGGCGGUCGGUGAUUGGCGUGGCGCCCGAGAGCCUGCAGCGCAUCGUCAGCGAGGCGGAGCGCAUCAAGGACCUGUGCGUGUUCCACCUGGGCAAGAUGUCGCCGUCGUGGAUUGACUUUAUGCGCCGCGUCGAGCUGGCGCUGGAGGGCGACGGGCCCGCAUCCCGGGACGAAGCCAAGGAUGGCUCCGAGGGCGACGACGAAGACGACAGUGUGCCCCCGUUGCCGCGCCAGCCAGUGCAGCAGGAGCCCAGGCAGGUGCUUGUUGGCGCUGGGCCUGGCACCUACGGAAGCGUCGUUGUUUAG